AUCAAAGAAACCAUCAACCAACUUUGCAAAAGAAUCACCUAAAGAAGACGGUCGGGAAUCUGGAAUAGAUCCGGAUACAUUAGAUGAAACAUCGACAUCAAUGAUUGGCAAUUCUUUAAGUUUGAAUGAUAUGAAAUGUACUACUAAUGACCUUAGUAAUACUACUGAAGUAAACAAACCAAGUGUAAUUACAAUAUUAAGACGAUUAGCAAGAUAUUUAGCUCUACGAAUAGCAAAUAAACGUCAUAGCCUAGCUACGGCAAAUCAACAUGUUGCAAGAAAUGCCAUUGAAGAAAAACUUUUACGAUGUAGAUUAAGUGAAUUAAAUAUUGAUUAUCAUCAUCAUCAUCCGCAUCAUGAUGAUCAUUUAGUGAAUAGUUGGAAUUCAUUUAAUUCAAUGGAUAUAAAUUAUGGUACUAUUGUUAAUCGAUUUGAUCGAUUACAUAAUAAUACAAUUGCUGUAAUACAAUUAUUAUGUCAAUUAGCAAGACGUUUAGCUAUAUUAGAUGGACAAUUAUAUUGUUUAAAUAAAAAUCAAUAUAAUGAUAAUGUAAUAUUAUUAUGUAAUAAUAAUAAUGAUCCAUUAUUACCUUGUAAUCAUUACACAACCUCAUUAACAAAUGAUACACCAAAAACUAUGUCAAAUCACUUAUUGAAUGAUUUCAAUGAUAAGGAUAAUGAUAAUGACGAUGGGAAUAGUCAAUGUGAAUUAAGUAUAACACAAUUGAAAUUAACAUCAUCAUCAUCAUCAUAUACUACUAGUAAAGAAUUAGAACAAUCAUUUAAUGAUCAACAAUCUAUAAUGAAUACAACACAAUUUCUUAGACAACGUGUUACUGAAGCCAUGGAAUUGAAUUUUUAAAUUGGUUUGUAUUAUCACAAGUAAGUUAUGUAAUCAAAGAAGAAGAAGAAGAAUAAAACGUCAGUCAUUGAAAUGAUUCAUUGAAUUAACUGUCUUACAUAUUCAAUAUAAGUUGAACUCUAGUUGUCAUGAAUUCUGUAAAAGUUACAUCUUGAAAUGAGUUACGAAUGAGCACAUAAUUAGUAUUAUGUGGAUGGGAAUUUGUGGAGAUUGUAGUAAGAUAGUUAUUGACUUCAGACGAUUGAUGAAGGAUUGUGAAAGAUUAUGGAUUGAUUGAAGUUAGAGAUUAACAUCGAUUGAUGUCGACUCAGUGGUUAAAAUGUUAAGAGUUCGUGCUUGAGAUCGAAUGUCCUGAGUUCGAAUCCCUUUGGUGUGGGAUGAUGGAUGUGCACUGCUGAGCAGUACCAUACUAGAAGGAAACAGCCUUAAAACAAUGCUUCCAAUUUUCAGUUGUUGGUCUAGCUUAUAUCAACACCUGAAUUCAACUAUAAAUAUUUUG